CUUUUGCAAUUGAACAUCUCCACCACUUCUUGCAUCAGCAUCUUUAUUAUUUCCGUUGAACAAUCUCUAUCUCAACCACAGCUGCGGAAAGAAAGACCCUGCUAAUACUCUUCCAUUAUACCCCUUUACCUUCUUCGACGUGCACCGUUGUCGACUGCAUCAACAAAUAGAACCUCGAUCCUCAAUUACAAUACUCGGGCAACGGAGCGAUUUUGCCUACAAUGAGUAUCGAAAUGGAUUCAGAAUGCGAAACAACAGUAGCACCACCCAAUAUCACGCGCUCAUCGCCCUCGGCACGCGCAGUUGACGCGUCCGCCAAACCUCGACCCAAGCUGUUGGCAGCUUUACGGAAACCGACUACAGAGUCCUCAGGAAGCGAAACCGAAUCUGAGAACGAUGUCUCUGUAUCUGCAGACGAAGCCUCAGCUAUGCCACCAACUACGCAAUCACCCACGGUUUCACGGCAACAUUCAAAGCCGAAUGCGGCUGAUAACGAGGAAGAGAGCGACGGAGAGGCUGCAUACGAGCGUCUGAAGAAACGACUCGCCGCUACUAAGAACUCAAUAAAGGCGCAGAAGGUUCAGAAAGAGUCGCAUAUUGCUACUACCGUCGUAAGCAGUGAGGACGAGGAUAUGCCUGUGCGAACAACCGCCCGCCGAAACAUACCGAAAAACACGAAGCCCACAAGCCAUCCCGCUUCGCCCACCUCGAGCGUUCGAUCACGGCGAUCAUCACCAGGACUGUUCGUAACCCCAAAUGCGUCGCCAGCGAAGAAAUGGUCGCGAACUGUAGCAGAUGCUGGGUCCGGAUCAGACGCUUCUCCACAGCCCUCGCACAAUGCUGACCUACAAGCGCGGGUACGGCGAAUACGCGCGGAGAGACUGGCGAAGCAGCAAGAGGAAGAAACAACACAAGUGAAGCCGAAGAAGAUCGCCCGGCGGCAAGUAGAUCAAGGGUCCGGUAGUGAUACGGAUGGCGAAAAUGGCAGACGACUCACCCAACAGGCUAAGCCAACUCGCAGGGCCGGCAAGAAGGCGUUAGAAGCAAUGGCUCGCGAUCAGCAGCGGAUAAGUCGCAAUAUGCAGCUUACUCAUCAAGCUAAGACGAAGAAGAGAUACUCGACAAAAGACCUGUUCGUCCGGAUGGGUUUCACUGCACCUGGCGAAGAAACAGGGGCCCUCCCAACUCCUGACGCCAGCUCUGCGCUAGCGUCCUCCGACGCAGAGGUAAAUCAGGUCCACGACACUCCACCAACAAGCCCACCAAGGGAAGAGGAACGCCUAGAGAAGCAUGUUUUACCGACUUCUAUGGCAACACCAACAGCCAUGGGCGCUGAGCAGGACCAAGAUCAGUCGCCUGUGUCUACGAAACUGGACAAGGGCAAGGGACGAGCACCCGAGUUCCAACAUCUUCCCCAACAUCCAUGGAUGAAGCAGGAAGAGCCAGUCAUUAUCCAGAAAGCUCAAAUCGAUUACACGAAGCCUUCUGAUGACGUUAUGGUGGAACUAUCAGAUUCAGACGACGAACCCCGAGUAGUACAAGCUAGGAGCAGGUUCCCUGUUUUUGAUCGAUUGCCAACGAAGAAGCAACAUGAAAAUGCGUCCUUGCUACACCUACGUUCUCUAGCUCAAUUAAUAAGAUCCCCACCGAAAGGGAAGAAGGGUCAAAAGUUAGUCACGCUUGCUGAAAUGGAGUUUUCUCUAGCCCAGAAAGCUCGCCAACAAGCGAACAAAGAGCGAGAGGAAAAGAUUGCUGAGUUGAAACAACGAGGUCACACUAUUGAGACUGAAGAGGAGAGGGAGCAGCGCCAAGCGGAGAUUGAAGACAUGGUGGCACAGUUCGAGAAACAGAGGCAGGAAGACCUCAAGCUCGCUAAACUAGAGAGAGGUGAAGCGAAGAAGAAUGGGGAGACUAUUGAUGGUCUACCUUCUAGCGACGAAUCAGACGGUGACUACGUUGGAAGUGGAGAGGAGAAUGUGGAUGAGGAAGUCAUGGAGAAUGAGGCAGAGGAAGAGCUUGAGCUUGAGCUUUCAGGGUCCGAGGAGGAGGAGGAUGCUGAAGUGAAAGACUUGGCAGACAAUUCCAAUGGCCUCAUCAACGAAAUGGCGGACGAGGACGAGCGUUUAGAAGAAGCGCCUCAAGUACAACAUGUCGAUGAAGACGCGGACAUGGAGGACGAGGAAACGAGCGCACCUAUCCGCACGCGGACAAUCAAUAGAGCUCGUAACCGGGUGAUUGAUGACGAUGAUGAGAGCGACGCUGACGCACCGAAGCCUGCUUCUCCUACUCAACAAACCACUCAAGACGACGCCAUGGCAGCAUUCGGGUUUGGGAACACGAACGUUGGACUUGGCUUGACACAAAUGUUUGCGGGUACCAUGGCGAACCUGGAAUCGGGCUCACAGUCUACACCUGCUGUCAACCCUGCACCAGAGCAAGACUCUCUGGACUUUCUACGAAGUUUACCGGAUACUCAGCCUGGUGCAAACUUUAGUCAGGCCUCCGACUUCAUGGUACCCAACAGCCAGUCAUUGAUGUCCCCACAGAAAGAUUCGCAAACUGGCACGGAAUCCCAAUUCAGCUUAGGCAUCAGCCAGCUUAUUAGGAACUCGCCAGCUUUCUCUCGAACGCAACUCGAGGACUUCGAGCCCACCCAGGAUGCAGGUUUUUCGUUCUCCCGUUCCCCUGCAGGGCUUAUCCCGCCACCUUCAACUAUCGAUACUGUCAUGAUACCAACUGCCGAAUCGCCGAUCAAGCAAAGGAAGGGCAAGCUUCAGCGCGGGCGAAAAGAAGCCGUUGUUGAGCUCUCUGACGUGGAAGCGGACCUCUUGGAGGCUGAAGAAGUUGCUAGCGACGAAGACGACAUCCAGCGUCCACCCAAGCCCAGAGAUGCUUUCUCAAAGAUGAAAAGGAACGCUAAGAAGCAAAAGGCUAUCGACGAAUUUGACAAGAAGACUAGCAUGGCCAAGGAUGCAGUCAUGGAACAAGCUGAUGAGUCUGAAGACGAGUAUGCCGGUCUUGGAGGUGCUAGUGAUGACGAAGAGGGUGAAGAAGAUCAGGAGCUCAAGGAUAUGAUCGACCACAACGAGGUCAAUGUGGAUGAGCGACAAAUCGCUGCCUUCUACGCUGAUAAGGCCAAGAAGGAAGACGAGAAGAACAUUGCCGAUCUCUACAAGAAGAUCCAAACUGGUGGUCUCCGUAGACAAGCCGGCGGCCGCGAUGGCUUCGACAUGUCCGACUCUGAGGAUGAGGCCGAAGCGCGUCAGCGGAAGAAGCGCGCCGAGUUUCAGAAGAUGUCCAGAGAGCUCUUGAAAGAUGAACGUGUCAAGAAGAUUGCGGAUGAUGAGAAGAAGAAGGCGUUCUUCAACACGUUAGCGGACUUUGCAGAUGAGGGCGAUUACGAGUUCCUAGAUAUGCCUGCUGAAUUGGGCAUGGAUGUGGAUACCUCGCAGUCUCAAGAGGAUCUCCAGAAGGGCGACGGGUUCGAAGAUAUCGUCCCUGAUUCUCAGACUGCGGAUUCUACAAGCAUGCCAGCUCCCGCCAACCCCUUGAAACGCAAAGCCCCCGACUCGCAGAAAGAAAAUCGCCCACCGCCCCAUCUCCGCCGCACCGCUGGGUCGGACAAUCUAACACGGAAACCCAUCACAUUUGCCGACGUGCAGAACUCUGUUUCCGAGCUCUUGGAAGAUUCACGUAUCAUUGUGCCAGACUCGCAGUAUUCCGAGUCCGAGUCCGACGAUGAGUCUCCUGCACUGAAUGCAGUUUCACGGAAGCCUGUUGUGGACCGCCUCACACUUUCGCGGACGUCGACGAUGUCAGAAGCGGCGGGCGGAGAUGCGAAUAUGGCCUUCCACGCACCCUCUCGUGCAACAACUACACCAGGCUUCAAUUUACCCUCGCUCAUUCGGCGAGCGACAGGCAAGAUCUCCUCUACCACGAGCCAAACCUCUUCCGGCGCCAACACGCCUACUGAGAGUACGGUGAGGAGAGGCGGCACGGGUAGGAGUAACAUCCACGCGCAAGCGAGAGAAGCGGAGCGACAAGCUCUGCUAGAGAAGAAGGAUGGGAAGAGGAAAGAAGCUUUGAGGAAGAAGGUCGAGGGUGGAAGGAAGAGGGCGGGAGGUAUGAGGAGUGUGCUUGGGGACUUGGGUGGUGGGUUUGAGUAGGAAGUAGGAAUUGCUCUGUUCUUUCAUGUAUAGCGAGCGUUGUUUUGGAGUAUGCGAGGUUAGCGUUUCCGUAUUAUAGAUAUGGAGGAGUUGUCAUACGAGGUAUUCUGUAGGUUCAUCUCACGGAUGAUUUAUUUAUUUAUCUUAAGAGCCCCGGAUCGUCUCCUGAAUGGGUUAUCUACGCGGUUUUGUCUACUAUACACGAUUUGAUGCAUCUGGUACACCAACACCACAUAGUCUGCCUGUCUGUUCUUACAUAAAUACACACUCC